CAACAACAAGAAAACGAAGAAGAAGAACAAGAAAAACAACAAGUAGGAGAAGGACAAGAAGAAGAAGAAGAAGAUUAGCUCAGUAGCAACACCAGUGAUCAGUGAGACCUCAGGUGUCCACGCUGUUCUCGCCCUGCUACAGGAGUCACCUGAGGACCUGUCAUGUCUGGACUACACAGUCUGAAGGCUUUCAUCAGCCAGCGGCUCACUGCGGCGGUGGAGGAGGUCAUUGGCCGAUUAGAGACAGUGAUAAGCGAGUAUGAAGAGGAGAUGGAGAGCCGGCCGCUUAGGCUGAUGCACACUGCCCAGCGACAAACAGAACUUUCCAUCAAUACUACAAUACAAAGUUCUGCUGUCUUGAAGCCGCAAAUACAAAGUGUGCAGCAACAUUUGGUGAUUAAAGAAGAGGUUCUGUCUGAGCAGCAAGAGUGGAUCUCCAGCCCGGACAAGCAGGACCCAAAGUGGCCACACGUUAAAGAGGAAAAACAGGAUCUCUGCACCAGUCUGCAGGCCAGGAGUCCUCUGCAAGGACUGCAUGAGGAAAAUAUCAUCAAGUUCCCUUCCAUGCAUGUUCAUUUGAGAAAUGAAGAUGAAGCGAAAUCUCAGUCCUCUGUGUUUCAUCACACGCCAUUGAGCGACUCAGCCAAUCAUGUGAAAACAAAACCUGAUGAAGAGGGCGGUCAAGCCCAAGAAGCUGACAGGAUCUUAGUGUCUGGUUUAAAAUGCCUGUCCAGAUUUGGCGAUAAGACUGUACACUGUUCUGAAUCUCAGACUGAUGACAGUGAUGAUGACUGGAAGGAGGUUAGGAAACCUCAAAUAGAUUUGAAUACUGUGAAAGCGAACAUUCCAGUCCAUGAUAUGGGACACAAUAUCGACAAUAAAUUGUUUCGCUGCUCAAAUUGUGGGAAAAGAUUUGGACAGAAGCACCAUUUGCAGACACAUAUGAGAUGUCAUACCGGAGAAAAACCCUUUACUUGUUCUCUUUGUGGGAAAAGAUUUUCUCAGAAGGGGAAUCUGAAACAGCACCUGACAGUCCACACACGUGAGAAACCAUGUCGCUGUACCAUUUGUGGUGAAAGAUUUUCACAGAAAGGAAAUCUGACACAACACAUGACAGUCCACUCAAGGGAAAAACUUCAGAGAGGACAGAACUCCAUUUAUGACUAAAGAUUCAGUAAACACAUGCAUCGUAAAUGCAUAGUGAUGGAAGCUGCAGUCAAUGAAGACUAGGUUUUCUUUUAUUUUGAAAUUAAUCAGUUGUUGUUGGCUUAGAGGGUUGACCCCAUCAAUCAUCAUCGAACUAUUCUAUUGCCAAUAUUCACAAAUCACAAUUUACCUCAUAGCCCUCAACAAGGGAAAAAACUACCAAAAGAAAAAAAAAAGUUUAUCUGGAAUAAAGCAUAAAAACGUGAGGGAUCCCUGUCCCAGGACCAACAGAAGUGCAAUAGAUGUCACUUGUAACAGAGCACAUCAACUAAAUAAUAUUUAUUACUUCCAUGAGAAAAGACAGUGUUUAACUUAAAAUAGUGAGGCUAUCUCGGCCUACGGCAGCAUGAGAGUUGGUCCAAAGCAGACAUGAGCCAGCUCUAUAGCCAUAAGCUCUACCAAAAAGAAAGGUUUUAAGCCAGCUCUUAAACAUAGAGACAGUCUUAACCAGGAGAUGAUUCCACAGGAGAGGAGCUUGAUAGCAGAAAGCUCUGGCUCCUACUCUACUUUUAAUGACUUUACGGACAACAAGUAAACCUGAAUUCUGGGAGCGCAAUGAUCUAGUGGGGUGAUACUGUACUUUGACCUCUUUAAGGUAUAAUAAUUAAGAGCUUUAUGAUGAGGAAAAAUUAAAAUCUAUUCUAAAUUUAACAGGAAGCCAGUGUAGUGAAGCUAAUACAGGAGACAUGUAUUUUUUGGUUCUUGUCCUGUCCUAUAGCAGCAACAGUGUUUAUACACACAUUUAUACACUGUUGCUGCAUGAUUUGUUGUCUUGACUGCACCAUACUCAUGAAAUCUGUGACACACACUCAUCUGUCAAGUCAUAUGUCUCUCAGCCUCAAGUACAGGUGCCCUUUAUGUAAAUGUUCAGUGUUGAUUUGAAAUAGGAGUGAUCAAAUGGAAGAAAAAACUAAACUGCAACAGAAAAUAAGAGGAGGAAGAUAGGACAGGACCCCUCAGAGUGUAGACCCUGGUGGUGGAGAAUGACAAAGCAUGACAUCUAGUGCCUGCCGAAUACAUGCCGAAAGAUGAUAGGUCAGAUAUAGUUGCAGGAUUGUGAGUGAAAGGAUGUAGGAAAGCAGAAGUGAUUGAGAGAAAUAGCUAGUGUAUAGAUAGCCACAGUAACAAAGUAGAAUGUGACAGAUGAGAUGUUGCUCAUGAAUUUUCAUUAAAACUUUAUUAUCAUUGUACGGGCUUGUAUCUAGAUUUGGAGCAUUGUCCUGGUAGGUGGCUUUAGAGAGCCUCUGUGUUAGGCCUGGUAGACAUGCGACUGAUGUGUUGAGGGAGAUAUGGAAACAAAGAUGGGUUUUAUUGUUCUACUGGAAAUCUAAUGAGGUUUCGUGUGUAUCUAGUUGUGGUGUGACUGUGUCCUGAUCCAGUUUGAGGUAUUCUCUGUUGCCCCAUGCUGAAGAGGUUUGCCAUAGAUAAUUCUCUUGUUUUGUUCAACUUUCAACAUAUCACUAAUAAUAAACUAACUCUUUAGGAUAAUAUUCAGCUCUCAUCUCUCCUCUGUAUGAGCCACAUACUGAGCCAGUUAAAGAGCCAGACUGCUGCUUUGACUGCACCAAUUUUCCAAUGCUGUCAGGUCAAAAGCAUCUGCCGAGUUUUAGUUGCUGUUUAUCAACCAUUGUCUUAUAUUUUUGAUCCAAAAUCCAUUAUAUAAUGUUGCUGCUUGACUCAUACACACAUCUUGCAUGCAAUGUGGUAGGCCUGAAAUGAUGUUGACACUCAAACAGUGUAGGCUUGUUUUUUUUUCUUUUCAGUGUAAUAUGCAGUACUACUAGUGAUCACAGUCUUCACACGUGAUGCUUUCUAUCGGGGUCUGCAAUAGAAUAUCCCUGCUCUAAGUACUCUGCCUAUGUAACUGGAGUAGUUAUUGGCUUUGACUCAUAAUCAUUUUGUCUUUUUCUUGAUUUCUCAGGUCCUCCAUAGCAGUCAUACUAUUUAAAUGUGAACUGAAUGAAAGACUCCUGUUUUUCUCUUAAAUCCCAAAAAUGUCAUUGUGCCCACACUCAGGCAUUGGGGUCAAUUAUGACCCAUAGGCGGAUGUAGAGAAAUAUCUGACUGUCUACACACUGUGUUGAGUCACACCUUUGAAUGUAUAUAUUCUUAGUUUUGUAUUGUAUUGCAUUUGACUUUUUUAUUGUAAGCUCUUUUUACCUUGCUUCUGUUUAAAUGUAACUAUUGCUAUUGCUGACUGGUUUCUUCUUAUUCAACACCUUUCAUUGUACUGUUCACCCUGUGUUAACUGCAUAUGAAAAAUAAAAGUUGU